UGCUAGUGAGCGUGUCAAACCGAAACAAACAUGGCCGCCGAAACGCAUGGUGAAAACGUGUUUGACAUAAUAGUGGGGACCUACGAAGAGUUCGUAGUUGGUUACAGCUUUGAAAGGACCACGAAACAGAAGUACUCGCUACGACAAACUUUUACGAAUCAUUCUCACUUGGGUGCGGUUCGAUGCGUCGCCGCAAACAACCGUUACCUUGCUUCGGGGAGCACCGAUGAAACCAUCAAGCUGUUCAACAUGCAAAAAAAGGCCGAAAUGGGAACAUUAAUGCAACACGACGGAAACAUCACGGACCUCAAGUUCUUCGGGAAGUCUCAUCUUUUCAGUGCCAGCGAAGACAACAACAUUUGCGUAUGGAGCACAGGUAGUUGGCAGUGCUUGAAAACUUUGAAGGGACACAAAGGUGGUGUCGUUUCUUUAUCAGUUCAUCCGAGCGGCAAACUGUUACUAUCUGUAUCGAAGGACAAAACAUUGAGAACGUGGAACUUAAUCACGGGUCGUGCCGCGUUCGUAACAAACCUCUCUCCGUUUCCCGAGCUAGUAAGCUGGUCUCCGACGGGGACGUACUUCGUCGUGGCCAUAAACAACAGCCUAGACGUGUACCUAACAGCAAAAGCUGCCAAAGUUCACGUCGUAGACUUCGGCAAGAAGAUAUCGUGCGUGGCCUUCCUGACGGACAGCGCCGUCGCGAUCGGAGGUGAGGGCGGCAACGUUGAAACGCACAACAUCAAGAAAAAGAGCGUAUAUGGCAUGUUCACGGCACAUUCGGGCCGGGUGAAGGCAAUGCAGGUGGUAGACGUGGAAGGCACAAAGAUGUUGGUGACGUCGUCUAGUUCGGGUGAGAUAAGGGUGUGGGAGAUCAACCAGAAGAAACUGGACGCGCCGCCGUCGUUGCUGGCGAAAACAAACUCGGGUUGCCGGAUAACCUGCAUGGCAGUCUACAAGCCAACAGAAGUGAAGAAUGCGCCCCAGGAGGAACAGGAGAAGAAAGGGGGACGAGGCAGAGAUGAAGAUGAUGAUGAGGGCGAGGAAGCUUCAGCGGAAGACGAGGAAAGUGUGGCGGAGAGUUCAGAUGGCGGAGAGUCGGGCGAAGAUGAAGACAGCGAUGACCAAGAUGUGGCGGAGGAUGUUGAUGACGAAGAGGAAGGCGACGACGAUGAUGAGGAGGAGGAGGUGGAAGACGAAGAGGAGAGUGACGACGAUGAAGAGGUAGAAGGGAGCGUAGAUGAUGCAGAUGAAAGUGAAGACAGUGAAAGUUCAGAAGAGGAGGAGGUACAGCCAAAGCCAAAACGAAGAAGGUUACAAAACGGACAUCACUGAAGUGAAUUCGUUGAAUUGUAAAGUCUACAAAACUUUAAGCAAAAAAAAAUGGGGUUCUUCAUUACAACAAAAAUUCCAAGACCA